GACACAAAGCUAACAGCUAACCGCUCAGAAGAACCAGGGGAAGCUAACAGCUAACAGCUCAGAGGAACCAGGGGAAGCUAACUGCUAACCGCUCAGAAGAACCAGGGGAAGCUAACAGCUAACAGCUCAGAAGAACCAGGGGAAGCUAACAGCUAACAGCUCAGAGGAACCAGGGGAAGCUAACAGCUAACAGCCCAGAGGAACCAGGGGAAGCUAACAGCUAACAGCGAAGAAGAAACAGGGGAAGCUAACAGCUCAGAAGAACCAGGAGAAGCUAACUGCUAACAGCUCAGAGGAACCAGGGGAAGCUAACAGCUAACCGCUCAGAAGAACCAGUGGAAGCUAACAGCUAGCAGCUAACACAGACAGUGAAAGUGUCGUCCGACUGACACUCACAUCUCACCCGCUUGUCUCCGUUAUCUCGGGUUAGCUCUGGUUAACCCGGGUGACUGUCGGACUGGUCCACCGCUCAGCUAACCGUGCAGUGUUAUCAGUGUUAGCCUCGUUAGCCGGACUCCAGCUGCUAGUUUGUGGUCAAUUGUUUUGUACAGAAGAAGCAGGCUAGCCCUAUAGCUAGCCUCUCUUUAUUUCAUCUGGCUAGCUGCUGGUUCAAGUCGCUAGCUAACCCGUUAGCUGUAAUAACAGUGUAAUAACCGGGUUAUAAUCAUGUGUCGGGUUGUUUUGAUCAUCGAGCUCGUUCCCGAGGCGACAUGUUGUUGAAACAGUCCAGUACGUUCAGCUAGCAGAGCUAGCGUUAGCUGCUAGCCAGCAGGAACCCGAUGUCUUUGUUUCCAUCGGCAGCUGACGGGUUAUGAUGUGAGCGCAGGUUAGCUUAGUUAGCCUAGUUAGCUGGUAGAUGAUAGACAGGACGGUCAGUUUGGUGGUCCAGGGCUGGUGAGUGUUAGCAGAUGCUAAGCUAACAGAUUAACCAGUAAACACGGGUCUGAGAUCAGCGGACUGUGCAGAGCAGUGAGGCCGACAUGCAGCUGUAGGUUCCCCGGUCAGCACCGCUUCACACCCGGGAACCAGUGGAACCACAGGAACCAGUGGAACCACGGGGGGCAACAUGGGCCUGGGGUCAGCCUGGGUGGUCUACCUGCUCAUUCUGUCAGGAUGCAUUGCAGCCUCUCAGAGGAGCGACAACGUCUAUGUAUCUGGAAUUUCCAACGCCUGCAGCGACGUGGCCGAGCUCCUGCGUGCGUCCAGCGGCAUCAUCACCAGCCCGGGCUGGCCCUUCCAGUACCCAGCCCGCCUGAACUGCAGCUGGAACAUCAGAGCCCGGCCCGGAGACACCGUCACCGUCAGUUUCCAGGACUUCGACCUGCAGGGGUCACACCACUGCUCGUCGGACUGGAUGUCCAUCAGCAGCUACAGGAGCCUGGACGGACUGAGGGUUUGUGGUGCAUCGCUGCCCCCCCCCUACAUCUCGUCCCAGGACCAUGUCUGGAUCCACUUCCGCUCGGAUGACAGUCUGACAGGAAAAGGCUUCAGACUGUCCUACAUCACUGGUAAACCAGAGGCGUCCAGCUGUGACGUGGACCAGUUCCACUGCUCUAACGGGAAGUGCAUCCCCGACUGGUGGCGCUGUAACUCCAUGGACGAGUGUGGGGACAACUCGGACGAGGAGAUGUGUGUGGACUCGCCCUUCUCCUUCCAGCCCUGCAGCCUCAACCAGUUCCCCUGCCUGUCCCGCUACACCCGCAUCUACACCUGCCUGCCGCACAGCCUGCGCUGCGACGGCAGCAUCGACUGCCAGGACCUCGGUGACGAGAUCGAUUGUGAUGUUCCCACCUGUGGAGAAUGGUUGAGGAACUUCUACGGCUCCUUCAGUUCUCCAAACUACCCGGACUUCUAUCCUCCAGGGAGUAAUUGCACCUGGCUGAUCGACACAGGAGACCACAGGAAGGUCAUCCUGAGGUUCAUAGACUUUAAGCUGGACGGAACCGGUUACGGAGACUAUGUGAAAGUCUACGAUGGUCUGGAGGAGAACCCUCGCCGUCUCCUCAGGGUGUUGACGGCCUUCGACUCCAGGGCGCCGGUGGCGGUGGUUUCCUCCUCCGGUCAGCUGAGAGUUCACUUCUACGCCGAUAAGAUCAACGCUGCCCGAGGGUUCAACGUCACCUACCAGGUGGACGGGUUCUGCCUGCCCUGGGAGGUUCCCUGUGGGGGGAACUGGGGCUGCUACACGGAGCAGCAGCGCUGCGACGGCUACUGGCACUGUCCCAACGGCCGGGACGAGCUGAACUGCUCCUCGUGUCAGGAGGACGAGUUCCCGUGCUCCAGGAACGGAGCGUGCUACCCUCGGUCGGACCGGUGCAACUACCAGAACCGCUGCCCCAACGGCUCUGAUGAGAAGAACUGCUUCUUCUGUCAGCCGGGGAACUUCCACUGCAAGAAUAACCGCUGUGUGUUUGAGUCGUGGGUUUGCGACGCUCAGGACGACUGUGGAGACGGAAGUGACGAGGACAGCUGUCCCGUCAUCGUCCCCACCAGAGUCAUCACGGCUGCGGUCAUCGGGAGCCUGAUCUGCGGCCUCCUGCUGGUCAUCGCCCUCGGCUGCACCUGCAAACUCUACUCGCUGCGCAUGUUCGAACGCAGGUCUUUUGAGACUCAGCUGUCCAGAGUCGAGGCAGAGCUGCUGAGGAGGGAAGCCCCGCCCUCUUAUGGUCAGCUGAUCGCCCAGGGACUGAUCCCGCCCGUGGAGGAUUUCCCGGUCUGCUCUGGGAGUCAGGCGUCCGUCCUUGAAAACCUUCGUCUGGCCGUCCGCUCCCAGCUCGGCUUCACCUCCCUCAGACUCCCUUCCUCCAGUCGCCAUAGCAACCUGUGGCGCCGGCUCUUCACCUUCUCGCGGUCCCGGCGGUCCGGCUCGCUGGCUCUGGUCUCUGCUGACCUGGAGGACAGCGCAGGGACUGGGAGCACUGGGAGUUCUGGUUCAGACCUGCUGUCUCCGGACUCGGACGAUACAGACACAGAGGGCGAGCGAGGGAGAGAGAGAGGUGUGGGUGCGGUGGGCGGGCCUGUGGCCCCCCUCCCUCAGAAAACCCCACCCUCCACUGCUGUGGAGGCUGUGGUAUCCGUGACGACGUCUGCGACGCCUAUGACCCCAGUACCGGGCAGCCAAAGGUGUCGUGACCGGCCCAGAGAGGCUCCGCCCCCUUCCAGCCCUGUCACAAUGGCAACAUCCAAUCCAGAUCCUGAAUGUCACAGUGAUACCUCAGAGAUACAGGCCCCGCCCACCUCUGCCCUGCAGCGUCUGGCCCAGAACCUGCACCGCUUCGCUCGGAACCUGACAAGGACCAAUCAGAACCAACAGAACCAGACCUGGACCAAUCACAGCCCGCUCCAUCAGCUGGAGACAGGACGCCACGGGUCCGAGGCGCCGGAGCGCCGGGGGAGCAGAGACGAGGAAGAAGACGUGGAGCUUCUCAUCCCCGUGUCCGACUCUGACUCCUCCUCCUCUUCACUGAUCAGCGACGUGCAUCAACCGCUGCUGGAGCCACACCCCUCGUCCUCCACAGGCCACGCCCAGCGUCCCCAGCGCGGGCGGGACGGCCCCUGUGAACACUGUGGCAUGGUGCACACGGCUCAGGUCCCGGACGCCUGCCUGGACGCCACCGGCAAGAUGGAAGGCAGCGACGACGAGCUGCUGCUGCUCUGCUAACCACCUGCCCGAGCUAACGUGCUAACUGACACACCCAUGCUACGAGUACUCCCCCCCCGACCCAGCAUCUCAGGUUAGCUUACAUGCUAACUGACAUGACUAAUACAGCCCUGCCCUUACACCUACCGUUAGCUAACAUGCUAACAGUUAGCUAACAUGCUACAGGAUUGACAAACAGUAAGACUGACGCAACACGUUUAGCCAGCAUGCUAACAUGCUAACAUGCUAACACUUCAGACUGAGAAACAGCCAUAAGCAAACCCCUUUUAGCAUGUGUUAGCAUGUGUUAGCAUGUUAGCUGGACUAAAGGUGAGUGCUCAGCAGCCCUCCAGUGAUAUGAACCAGUUAGUGAAUGAAGGGAGUGAU